AUGAACGUGAACGUGAACACGAACCCUCACGUGCUGAUCAUGUAUCCAGCCCUGACGGCCGUGGGCCUCGUGGCCCUCCUCAUCCCCACGCUGUACCUGUACACAGUGGGCGUCGCGUCGGCGCGGUUCCCGACCCUUCGCAACCGGCGCAUCUGCCUGCUCAUCGCCCACCCGGACGACGAGGCCAUGUUCUUCGCGCCCACCGUGCUGGCCCUGACGCGCCCGGACCUGGGCAACCACGUCAAGAUCCUGUGCCUGAGCAGCGGCGACGCCGCCGGGCUGGGAGAGACGCGCAAGAGGGAGCUGGUAAAGAGCGGGAUGGUGCUGGGGCUGCGGAAAGGGGAGGACGUCUUCGUGGUUGAUGAUGAUGUGAACUUCCCCGACUCCAUGACAACAACAUGGUCGACGGAAAAGAUCUCCACCCUCCUCCGCGACGCCUUCGCGCCCAACAACAAAACCACCACGCCUUCAAACAAGGACACGAUCUCCGAGCCCCCAAAGGCCACGAUAGACGUCCUCAUAACCUUCGACAGCGGCGGCAUCUCCUCCCACCCGAACCACAUCUCCCUCUACCACGGCGCCCGCCACUUCGUCGCCUCCCUGACCGCCAACCGGCCCGGCUGGGCCAGCCCCGUCGACAUGUACACCCUGACCUCGGUGGGCGUGGCGCGCAAGUACGCCGGCAUAAUGGACGUCUUCGCGACGCUGGGCGCCACGGCGCUGGACGUCUGGCGGGGCUCCGGCGCGGGCGCGGGGACGAGGCAAGGAGGAAACAAGGGCAUCAACAGCAAGGACAAGAACGGCCGGAGGCGCCCCGCCGCGCUGGUCUUCUUGCACGGCUUCGGGGCCGGCGGCUGGGCCACGGCGCGCGAGGCCAUGACGCGUGCGCACGUCAGCCAGAUGGUGUGGUUCCGCUGGGGGUGGAUCACCAUCAGCCGCUACAUGUUCAUGAAUGACUUGAGGCUGGAGAAGGUGUAG